AUGUCGUCUACUACACCUACCGAAGUUGUCUCGAAGCUUCUCAAGAACACACUCAAUCCCGAGGUAGUCAGAGAGCUCGUUGCCCCAGAUGCAACUUAUGUAUCACUCAACUACGACAACCCUGAUCUUACCAAGAUCCUGCCGUACGCAGGUAGCCAUACAAAAGCCGGCCCACAGGCCAUUAUCGAUACCUUUGCCACCGUCAAUCGAAUCUGGGCCAACGAAGCCUUUGAGAUCCAGACCCUUUUUGGCGCUGGGGAAGAUGUAGCGGUCUUUGGCAGUUUCACCUAUCGCUCGAGAUCCUUGGGACAGGUGUCCGUCAGUCCGUUUUCGAUCUGGUGUAAGGUCAACGAAGACGGAAAGGUGACAUACAUGCAAUUCAUGGAAGACACUCUCGGAUCGACCGAUAGUUUCAAAAAAGGGGGACAGAAGCAAUAUGUUGUGUUCGAAGAGAAGGGAGAGAUUGAGAUCUAG